AUGGAUAUUCUAUCAGAUGAGAUCGAGUCGGUCCUCUUCGUCUCGAGGGAGGUGAUGGUCUACCAAGUACCUCCUCGAACAUCUGCAUCAGGUUACAAAGCAGCCGAUUGGAAUGUCGAAGCGUUCUUGUGGAAAGGUAGAUUGAGGGUGUUGGAGAUAGGCACGAGGUGUGAUAUACGUCUUGAGGACUCAAGUACAGGUGAACUUUUCGCUCAAGUCAACUAUGUCUCUCCGUGGUCGCAGGUCGAACCUGUACUGGAUAGCUCGAGGUACUUCGUACUGAGAGUGGAAGGUGAGGGAGGGAAGAGAGCGUAUAUAGGUAUGGGAUUCCAGGAAAGAGGAGAGGCAUUUGAUUUCCAGGUCGCUCUACAAUCAGUAGCCAAACGAUCAUCCACACCUUCUUCAUCCACCAACAACACUUCGGAGCCUUCCAAACCGGCUGCACCGCCUAAAGAUUACUCAUUGAAGGAAGGACAGACAUUCAAGAUUAAUAUACCAGGAAGGGAAAAUAAGAAAUCUACACCUUCGUCUACCUCUUCUGGAGGAGGCGGAGGCGGGGGAGGCGGUCUGUUCAGUCUACCACCGCCACCACCACCCGGAAGGAAGCGAUGA